UGGCUACAGCCGCGAGCAAUCCAAUCCGAUCCAGCAUACGACCAUGGCGGCAGCCCACUUCUCCCACCCGGACCACGAGCUCAGGCUCAGGGAGUACCACCUGCCGCGCACCUGCGACCUGUGCGGCGGCAUCCUCACCGGCAGCGGCUACAGCUGCCGCCGGCGCCGCUGCCGCUUCGACCUGCACGAGGACUGCGCCGGGUACCCGGAAACCCUGCGCGCCUUCUUCGCGCACCCGUGGCACGACCUCACCCUGGCCCGCGCCGCCGGCGGUGCGCGCGCCUGCUGCGACCUGUGCCGCGAGGACAUCCCCGCCGGCGCCUUCGCCUACAACUGCGCGCCGUGCGGGUUCCACACGCACCCGCGGUGCUCGCGGCUGCCGCAGGCCGCGCGCAACGACCUGCACCCGGACCACGCCAUGACCGCCGUGCCCGGGGUGGGCGUGCGGCCGUCGCGCGGCAGCAGCGACGCCGGCGUCAUCGCCGCCGGCGGAGGACGUGGGAGCAAGAAGAAGUCUUCGAUGGUUGAUGAGGUGGGUGAGGCCCUUGCAGGAGCUGGAGCGGAGUCUCUAAUCACUAUGCUCGUUGAGAACCUUUAA